AUGUCAUUCAACUGCUUUUCACCGUCACUUCGAUAUAAGCGUUAUUUACAUAUCGAACAUUCCAUGACUCAUUUGUCCUCGCCGAAAACAAUUAGUCGUUUGCCUUGCCGAAAUAAAUCAUUAUUGACUGUAUUCGAUCAAUUAAUUGAUAAUCAUAAUCGCGCUUCGAUACUGGAUCGUCAGACUUACAGACUGAGCAUGAAAUCUGCUUUGAAUAUCGACACGCUGGCGGACACACAUCAUCGACAUCGACAGCAAGCAAUGCGUACGGAUUCCAAUGUCAACGUGUGCGUUCCGUUGUUGACAAAAGUAAUUACGCAACAAUCAACCGAUGUUAAUGAUAAUGAGGAUCUCAAGGGUAUCGAGGGCAAUGCAAUACGUUUCGAAACACUUCCUAAGUUAAAUAAAUAUGUUCGUGCAAAUGAAAUAUCUCUUCCUCCGUUAUCCCAAUCGCAUCUAUCCGCUCGCAAACGUCCGAUGAAACAAGUUCAAGUCCUGACUGAAUACCGAUUUGACUCUCCUAUUCUAGUACAUACAUCAUCUCAUACAAGAAAACAAAUCAAGGAUAUCGAUCAAUCUCGUCAACGAGUCAACUCACCUGAGCGACAACCAUCUUCCGAUAUACAUCAGCACGUAUCUCAUCCAAAAUCUUCAACACUUAUUGAUAAACAACUGUAUAUGUGUCAUAAAUUAAAUAUGAAUAAUACUGGCUACAAAGAUGGUGUGACAACAGUAUCGAAACAUUCUUCCAUCAAUUUCGUCUUUCCCUACAUGCGUCCAUGUCAUUACUUAAGAAGACAAUCACCGAAUAAUUUACCGCGAUUGAUCUCGGAGAGCAAGGUGAAUCGAACAAGUGCAGAUUCGUUCAAAUACGACGAAAAUGAAGAUUUAUGUUGA